CCCCCCACUACAUGUCAGUUAACGUUUGGCAUUCGUAAGAGUAAUACAAUAUACAUAAAAAACCCGAUUAGAUUUUAUACUUUAGAAAUAUAUAUGAGUUCCAUUUUCCGCGGUCAACACUGCACUGAAAGUAAUAUAAGCGAUUAAGAACCGCGACUGUAUCUGUAACUACCAUGAGCGCCGUGAACAUGAACGCGAAUCUGGGAAGUGGGUCACGUCGCCCGACCCUAAUCCAGAGCGCCCUGCUCAGCUGCUUCGAGCAUUUGGCCGGGGUCGCCGUUAUGGCCACCAUCGGCGGUGCCUACCUGCUGAGGCUCCUGGUCGAUUGGGGCACCGCCCCGGUAGACAACGAAGAAGAUCUGGGCCACCCCGUGGGUACAGAGAAUGGUAAUGACCAUGGCAGUGAAAGUCGGAGAGAAAAUUCGAACGGUAAUGGGAGUGAGAACGGUAACGGAGGAAGGGGUAAUGGGAUCGCCAACGAAACUGAAUCCGAAUCUGGAUGCGAAACGGUCACCAAAGACCGUAAUGAUCGACAUCAUCAUCGAGAGACCAAUCAGGAUCAUGACACGGAGACGGACGCCGUGAGCGAUACCCAAAGUCCCGACGAGGAGGACAACCAACCCAGAAGGCGACGGGCGGCCGGGGAGAGAGGUGACUGGCACCGCGGAGCUAAUCUCAUGGUCCAGACCAAGGAACGGCACCUGAUCAGUGUCGUCUGCGGCUUCGCCAAGGACCAAGAAAUGUACCCAAGCUACAUUCCCGGCAAGUUUGGCGAGGAUGCCUGGUUCAAGACGGUGACACCACGUGCAGACAUUAUGGGCGUGGCGGAUGGCGUGGGAUCCUGGCGCAGCAGCGGCGUCGAUCCCGGGGUGUUCAGCAUGUUCCUGAUGAACGCCUGCGAGUGCAUGGCAUGUUUCAUGGACACCGACCCCAAGCGGCCGGACAUGCUCCUGGCCCGCGCCUACUUCCACCUGCUGGAGCAGAAGACUCCAAUAGUGGGCAGCUGCACGGCCUGCAUCGUGGCCCUGGACCGUACCACCGGCAUCCUGUACGCCGCCAACCUCGGGGACAGUGGCUUUAUGGUGGUGCGCGGCGGGAAGGUGGUCUGCCGCUCCGAGGAACAGCAGCACGAAUUCAAUACCCCGUUUCAGCUGACGGGUCUUCCGCCCGAGAUGGACGAAGAUGAGGUCAUAAUCGAUGGGCCGGAGAUGGCGGACACCCUGCAGUUCCAAACGGAGCCCGGCGACGUCCUGCUGCUGGCCACCGACGGGGUGUUCGACAACUUGCCGGAGGAGCUGUUGGUGGAGGUGCUGAGCGAGGUGGCCGGGGUCUCGGACGGAGUGCGCCUCCAGAUGACCGCCAACUCGAUGGCCCUGAUGGCCCGGUCUCUAAGCUUCGAUCCGGACCACGACUCGCCCUUCAGCCAGCAUGCCCGAAUGAACGACCUCGACUUUUCGGGCGGAAAGCCGGACGACAUUACCUUGAUCCUGGCCUCGAUUUGUUAGACAAUUCUGGAGCGCUUGCUACUAAUAGCUGCCCAUCUGUGCCUGUGGAGUCCUAUCCACCGAACCCGUUUCUUAUCAAUCCCCGCUAUUAACUUUCACGUAAACGCACUGCGAUGUAAGAACACACACGCAUCCAAAAAAUAUUACUAAAUUGUUUGAAGUGUUCCCAACAAA